AUGUCAAUACCAGCAAUAGUGUUUUAUUAUGUCCUGGCUUUGGUGCUUUGUACAUUCUUUGCACUGCUGAAGUGGAACCAAGUAAGGUAUGCAAGGAAAGGAAUGCCACCAGGGACAAUGGGUUGGCCUUUUUUUGGCGAGAGUGCACAGUUUCUCACACAAGGACCCAAUUUCAUGAAAGGACAUAGAUCAAGGUUUGGAAAUGUAUUCAAGACUCAUGCUCUAGGCUCCCCUAUGGUUGUGAGCAUGGAUCCAGACCUCAACAGACACAUACUCAUGAACGAGGAUGCAAAAGGUCUAGUUCCUGGCUACCCUGACUCGAUGAAGAACAUACUAGGAGUUAACAUUGCUGAGGUUCAUGGCGCUCUGCAUAAACGAAUUAGAGGAUCACUCUUGUCUCUUAUUGGCCCGGUUGCAGUUAAGACUCGUCUUUUGCCAGAAGUUGACAAGUUUAUGAGAUCUUUCCUUGAUAAUUGGGCUGGUAAAAUCAUUGACAUUCAACAUAAAACCAUACAGAUGGCAUUCCUUGUUUCUAUAAAAACGGUGGUAGAAAACGAACCAAGUUCUUUUCUUGAAUCCUUCAAAGCUACAUUUGACGACAUGUGGUUAGGAACAAUAUCUCUCCCAAUUAAAAUUCCAGGAACCAAUUAUUUUCGAGGACUCAAGGCUAGAGAUAAAGUGGUUGCAAUACUAAGAGAACUCUUAGCCAAGAGAAAAGCUUAUUCACCAAUCCAUGAAGACAUUCUUGAUCAGCUUAUAAGAAAUGAGGAUGUCAAGCACAAACUAGAUGAUGAAGAGAUAAUUGAACAAAUAAUCACAAUCUUGUAUUCAGGUUAUGAAACUGUAUCAACUACUACAAUGAUGGCUGUCAAAUACCUCUCUGAUAACCCAAGUGUUCUUCAAGCAAUAAGGGAAGAGCAUUUUGCAAUCGCGCUUAAGAAAAAGCCUGAGGAAACAAUCAGUUGGGAAGACUAUAAGAGCAUGAGCCGUACCCGUGCGGUGAUUUUUGAAACCAUGAGAUUGGCUAGUGUUGUUAGUGGGGUGCUGAGGAGGACAACUACUGAUGUAGAAUUGAAUGGCUUUAUGAUUCCUAAGGGAUGGAGAGUGUAUGCUUACACAAGGGAGACUAAUUUUGAUCCCAUCCUCUAUCCAGAGCCUUUCACUUUUAAACCCUGGAGAUGGCUGGAGAAGGGCUUGGAAACUCAUAACCAUAACAUGUUGUUUGGAGCAGGAGGGAGGGUGUGUCCUGGAAAGGAAUUGGGCAUGCUGAAGAUCAGCCUUUUCCUUCACUAUUUUGUGACUAAAUACAGGUGGGAAGAAGUAGAGGGAAACAAACUUCGGAAGUUCCCAAGAGUUAUAGCACCAAAAGGACUGCAUUUCAGGAUCGCACAGUACUAGAAGCCAAUACUGAUUCUGAUCAAAUAUAAAAAACAUUUCGAUCUAUAUAUCUUUUCAUGGAAUAUAUGUACGAGUAAUAUAUAUUUGUACUCAACACUAAUACUGGUAUUGCCAGCAUUGUUGGUAGCCGAUUAUAUUACUUUUGAUUUGAAUAAUAGAACAACAAUCAUCUAGUUAAAUAAUAACAUAUUUGGAAUGGAG